AUGAAAGGCGUCUACUCGGCGCCCGGAGAUUACAUCUACUUCAAGUCCCAGGUCCCUCUUCACAAGAUCCCAAUUGGCACAAAACAGUGGCGAUACUAUGAUUUUGGCCCAAAAGCAGUACCUCCACUUAUUUGUCUUCCCGGAACAGCAGGGACAGCUGAUGUCUGCUACAAGCAGAUCAUGUCGUUGUCCAUGAAGGGUUAUCGGGUGAUUUCUGUUGAUAUUCCACGUGUAUGGAAUCAUCAUGAGUGGAUCCAAGCAUUUGAGAAAUUCUUGGAUGCUAUUGAUGUUCAUCAUAUACAUAUUUAUGGUACAUCCCUUGGGGGCUUCUUGGCUCAACUUUUUGCUCAGCAUCGUCCAAGACGAGUUCGAUCAUUGAUACUAUCAAACACAUUUUUGGACACGCGCAGUUUCUCUGCAGCAAUGCCCUGGGCUCCCAUAGUUAGUUGGACCCCUUCUUUUUUGCUGAAAAGAUAUGUCUUGACUGGAAUUCGUGAUGGCCCCCAUGAGCCAUUUAUUGCUGAUUCGGUGGACUUCGUUGUUUCUCAGGUUGAAACGCUCUCAAGAGAAGACCUGGCCUCCAGGUUAACUUUAACAGCUGAUGCUGCCUCAGUUGGACCUCUGUUGCUUACAGACUCAUUCAUUACUAUAAUGGAUACAAAUGACUACAGUGCGAUUCCUCAACAACUCAAAGAUGAAGUGAGUGAGAGGUACCCUGGCGCAAGGCGAGCACAAUUGAAGACUGGGGGAGAUUUUCCAUUCCUUUCACGGCCAGAUGAAGUAAACUUACAUCUUCAGCUACAUCUAAGACGGGUUGGUGUGGAGGCUCGACCUGAUUUGGUUCCAGGCAUUCCAAAGGGGGGUAGUGGUGGGAGUUCUAGUGAAGAGAACGAGAAAAAAGAUCCAGAAGAUCCAGCCAAGGAUGAAGAUCCAGCCAACGAUGAUAGGGGAAGCUCAGACAAUCCUUUGGCAGAAAGUCAGCUACCUCAUGCUCCAGAAAGUUCACAAUCUCAUAGCUUAGAUGACCAGCUUGUCAGCAAUGCAAUAGUUUGCCACUUCAGUAAUGUAGACAUGAUGGUUUCUUUGCAUUUGGGAUUCUUGAAGAAUCAGCAUACUAUACCCACUGAAACUGUUAUGCGACUUUGUGCGGAAAUAUUUGCUCUUCAUUUGCUUUCUUUUUAUGUGGGAUCACUGUACAUUAGUUUGAACUGUAAUCGGAGGGUCGGACAAGUCGUGUAA